UUGACUCCCUUGUAAAACAACCGGCCAAUCAGCUGAUCGCAUGGGGACGAUGGAAACAAUCUUUUUAAAGCCGCAAAUAACAAAAACAUAGGCUGAAGUACUCAUUGCGUAGAAAUCGUUAUUGUAUAGAUAUUCAGAACUGAAGGUAUUUAGAGACUUACCUUGCAGAAUUCGAGAAGAGAUGUGAUCUUUGAGUAGAGUACAAGACAAACAUUAGUUCAAACAACGAUUGGAAACAAAUAUGGAGUCUAGUCAAUCUAAUCAUGAAAACAAGCCUAGCGAGGAAAACGAGCCAUCAAGUGAGGCUUCUCCAUCUGAUCAGAAAGUCUCUCAAGAAUCUGAUAAGAGUUCAAAAGAAUUACUAUGCGAGAGCCCGGCAUCAACAUCAGCAUCUUGUAGUGAUCUGAAGAAGUGUGAGAGCAAAGAUACAGCUAUUCCUGGUUCAUCCAGCGAUGCAACAAAGUUGCCCCUUUCUCUUAAAGCGCAGAGGGCUCGUAAACGUGAAAGAUGUGACGAUGAUGAUGAUGAUUGUAGUGAUACUGAAGACUGUAGAAGAUCUGGGGAUGCUGGAGCACAUCCAGAAAGGCAAGGUGAUCAGGAGAGUAGAGGGGAGACGAAUGAAAGCACUCCUGAACUGUGUCCUUUCAUAACUCGAACAAGAACUCGUCAUAGGCGAUAUCGCCGUCGUCUCAAUGACAGGAGUAGUAGCAGCAGUAGUCCUGAGAGCAGCUCUGACUCUUCAAGUGAUGAGAGGCCUCAUGAUGCUGCAAGUACCAGCAGUGCUGCAGCAGUCCCAGAUGAUUCUGACAGCUCCGGUGACAGUUCCCUAACAAGGAGUAUUUUUGCUUUGCACAGAGGUUUACAUGCUACACAGCGUUUCCAAGAGCGCAUGGGCUUGGAUAGUGAUGAUACAUGGAGUCAUUUUGAUUCUGAUGAUUCUGAGAGUGAUGCAGAAGAGGGUGCUGGAAAAGAAGAAAAUGAGGAAGAGAAAAAAUACAAUAAAUGUUUGUCAAAAGAGGUCCCAAAACAUAAGUGGAAUGUUACUACAUCAGUAAUUAACAGACAGAUUGGUAUGCGUACUCAUCAACAAGAGCCACAACUUUUUCAACAGCAUUGCUAUGGUUCUUUACAUUGUGUUAAACGUCUGGAACUGAUGUAUAAAUUGGAUGAGCACCGUGGAUGUGUUAAUGCUAUAAGCUUUAACCAGUCAGGAACUCGUCUUGCUUCUGGCUCAGAUGAUAAAAAGAUUAUUGUGUGGGAUUGGGCAAUAGGCAAGAGCAUUCUUACGUACAGUAGUGGACACAACAGCAAUGUAUUUCAGGCAAAGUUUUUACCCAUGAGUGGUGAUAACCAUAUAGUGUCUUCUGCCCGAGAUGGUCAAGUCAGACUUGCUGUUCUAUCUUCAACUGGGGAAUGCCGAAGUACACGGAGGCUUGCCCAUCAUCGUAAACCUGUCAACAAACUUGCUCUCCUCCCAGAAACACCUCAUGUGUUUUUAAGUGCAGGGGAGGAUGGACGGGUUAUGGCUAUUGAUGUCCGGGGCACCAAACAGACAACGCUUGUUACUGUAGAAGAUGGUACAAGAAGAAAGAUAGGGUUGUAUUCUGUUGAUGCACAUCCCUUGAAUAGUGACGAGUUCUGUGUUUGUGGAGUAGAUUACUUCAUCCGCGUAUAUGAUAAACGCAAGAUAGAUCUUAAUGGUGCACCUAUGAAAAAAUUCUGCCCCAGUCAUAUAUAUGGCACCAACAAGUAUACAACUGUUACCUGUGCCUUAUAUAACCAUGAUGGCUCAGAGAUCAUUGGAUCCUACAAUGAUGAAAGUCUGUAUCUGUUUGACUCUCGGCAUUCUGAUGGUGCAGAUUUUGUUCAUAAAUAUGAAGGGCACAGAAACAGUGUGACAGUGAAGAGCUGUGACUUUUUUGGGCCUAAUAGUGAAUAUAUUAUGUCUGGAUCAGACUGUGGAAAUAUUUAUUUCUGGGACAAGAAUACUGAGGCAAUAGUGCAAUUCAUGCGUGGCGAUGAGAAAGGAGUGGUGAAUGCCUUAGUUGGACACCCACAGUUUCCUAUUCUUGCAACAAGUGGAUUAGAUUCUGAUGUGAAGAUAUGGGUGCCAUCUUGUGAACAGGAUCCAGAGAUGAAAGAUCUUAAACGGGUGGUCUCAAAGAAUAUGCGUGCAAGAGUAAUUGACCAACCUUACCGCAUGGACGUAUUUGAAAGUCAUAUGGAGGAUCUGGACCGUCAAUUUGGUGUCAACAUUCGUCACCUUGGAGGCAGCCAGGCUUUACAGCUUGUAAGGCUCGGUGCUCAGUUUAGGGGUAAUUCAAAUCCGGGGUCAUCUAGUUCUGACAGCAGCGACAGCGAUGGUUAUGCAAACCCUCUGCAAUGCCCUACAUCUUAAAAGGACCCUAAGGUAAAUGGCCCAUUAUUUGACUUUUAGUGACCUCCUUGUGAUUCUUGAACUUAUCAAGUCAGAAAUGCUUUCUGAUCUAAGCUCCCAUAAUUUUGAUGGAAACAUGAAAUAUCUGAUAAUUGUAUUAUUUCAUUGAUUCUUUUAUUUUGUGUCAAUAGUUCCAACAUGAGUGGGUGCAUGUAGGUUGGGUGUUCUUGGAAAAUUUAACAGUGAUAACCUGUGAUGUAUGGGUGUAUAUUUAUACCCAUAUUAUGCUACUGUUAAUUAAGUUUUACAUUAGUGUAUCAGUAGUAACAAAUUUUAUUUUGCACUUCCUCCAUUGCUAAACAGCCUCAAAGACUUUGUUGGAUUGUGUGACUUUGAAAUUUGGCUUCAUAUCCCUUAUGAAAUUGCUUUGACAUUUGCUGCCUCAUUUACUGUGGUAACAAGAAUCUUUCAUUUAUGAUUAAUUAUUUAGUUUGCUAAAUUUCAUCUCUUUUAAAUCUGGUUUUCUUCCUGAUGCUAUUUGUGUUGAGAGUGAAUAAUGCAGAUUGCAAUGUGGAAAACAAAAUUGCUCAAUUCAAACUGCUUGUGUCUCCCCAGGUUUGAGACAGUUUAUGUUUGUCAAAUAUUCUAUUUAAAGUCAGGAUUCAGACUGAAGUACUUUUAUCUAUAAAUUUUCAUCUUGAUAAAUCUUAAGAAUUUUAAACAGAGAUUACUAGUAAAUAUUAAAAUGAACAAUUUUGUACCUACCUGCAGUUUUUUCUAUAUUCUUUGAAACAUAAAAAAUUAUUUAAUUUACUUCUGAAUCGACCUGGCUCUAAAUAGAUGGCUUUGCAACUGAACAUUAGGAAGCAUCAAGAAUGGAAAAAAAUAAUCUGUGAUUUGUGUGAAGAUGUGACUGAAAGUAGUACUAUUCAAUUCUUUUCCCACUUAAAGUUAUUGUUUAGGUACUUUAGCAUGCAUGCAUGGUCUCUUGUGAGUAACAACUCUUGUACUGAAUUGAAGAUUAUGUUUUGUAGAUAAGUCUUAUGGGUGCAAUUAUACCAAACAAUGCAGAAACCACAGAAUGUGUUUUUGAUGAAUGGGAUUUUAGUUGAGUUAUCGGUCAAUUGUUAAUGCAAGUGGUAAUAAUUGCUGGAACAAACAUUUGGUUCAGUUUUACCAGAGAGGUUUGCUUAGUUGUUAUAUGUUGCUGUUCAUGAAAAGUAUAAUGUGUGUUUAGUGUAUGUAAUAAACUACUGAAAAUGAA